AAACUUCCUCGUACGAGUCCAGUAUGCUGAGCUCCGCCGCCCCGUCCGCAUCUACAACCCAACCCGGAGCAAGAAGGCCACUGUAAAGGGAUGGGACCUCCAUAAAAGACAUGAGGAAUAUUCUUUAUACGGCUACCCGAGUCUAGAAGAUCACAUACACCCGUAGAGAUAAUAGUCCAAGUGAUUGAAGCGCGCAGAAGGCACCAUGGGCUGCGUGGGCUCAAAGAAGGAGCAGGAGCCUCUUAGUAAAGGGACAGGGAACGACGAGCUGCAGAACCGAGCACAGACGGCUCACUAUGUCAAAGAUCCCACCGCUGGAAACUCCGGGAGCAAAGCUAGCAAGAUGCCAUCCAAUGCAACCUCUUCAGAAGGAGAGAGUAUUGCCAUGGCACUGUAUGACUAUGAGGCCAUUCACGAAGGAGACCUUGGCUUCAGGAAGGGAGAUAAGCUUAAAAUCUUAGAGGAAUCGGGGGAGUGGUGGAGAGCUAUGCUGAUCAGUACAGGUCAGGAAGGUUACAUCCCCAGCAACUAUGUAGCUAAAGAUACCCUGGAGGCAGAGGAGUGGUUCUUUAAGGGUGUAAGCAGGAAAGAUGCUGAGAGGCAGCUGCUGGCCCCUGGGAACAAAGUGGGAUCCUUCAUGAUCCGAGACAGCGAGACCACCAAGGGCAGCUACUCUCUGUCUGUCAUGGACAGCGACCCCCGGUCUGGUGACACGGUGAAGCAUUAUAAGAUCCGCACGCUGGACAACGGAGGGUUCUACAUCUCCCCCCGCAACACCUUCAGCACCCUGCAGGAGCUGGUCAGCCAUUACAAGAAGCAGGGAGAUGGCCUCUGCCAAUCCCUGACCAGCCCAUGCCUGAGCCCCAAACCUGAGAAGCCCUGGGAGAAAGAUGCCUGGGAAAUCCCCAGAUCAUCACUAAAACUGGAGAAGAGGCUUGGUGCUGGCCAGUUCGGAGAAGUCUGGAUGGCCACGUACAAUAAGCACACGAAGGUGGCAGUGAAGACCAUGAAGCCUGGAAGCAUGUCCGUGGAAGCCUUUAUGAUGGAGGCCAACCUGAUGAAGACUCUACAGCAUGACAAACUGGUCCGACUCCAUGCUGUGGUCAGCAAGGAGGAGCCUAUCUAUAUCAUCACCGAGUACAUGGAGAAAGGUACCGCAGAGGGCAUGGCCUACAUUGAGCAGAGGAACUACAUCCACAGAGACCUCAGAGCUGCCAACAUCCUGGUCAACAAGGCCUUGGUGUGCAAAAUUGCUGACUUCGGCCUGGCUCGUAUCAUUGAAGAUAACGAGUACACGGCCAGGGAAGGAGCCAAGUUCCCCAUCAAAUGGACAGCUCCUGAGGCCAUCAACUACGGCUCUUUCACCAUCAAAUCUGACGUCUGGUCCUUUGGCAUCCUGCUGACUGAGAUCAUCAGCUAUGGACGCACACCGUACCCAGGGAUGACCAACCCAGAGGUGAUCCGUUCGCUUGAGAAGGGCUACCGAAUGCAGAAGCUGGACAGCUGUCCCACCGAACUCUAUGAAAUUAUGCUGGAGUGCUGGAAGAACAAGCCAGAGGACCGUCCCACCUUCGAUUACCUGCAGAGCGUCCUGGAGGAUUUCUACACAGCCACAGAGAGCCAGUAUCAGCAGCAGCCAUGAGACUUUUUCAUGACAUCACUUUACAUUCAUACUUAACUGCAAGUCACAUUUUCUACAUGCAGUAGUGUCGUUCACACACACACGCUCAGUCUUUACCAUUCUCUCUCUGUCUAUCUGUCUCUCAUUCACACACAUAAUAUAUAGUAUCAAGGGACUGUACAAAGAGUAUUGGGGAGGGUUGAAACUAUUUUUUAAGGAGCCAGGCCCUACCUAACAUUUUUAAUAUUUUCAUUGGGCCCUCCUCCUUUUGAAUAAGAACAUUUGAAAGUAAUAUAACCAAAGUGGAGAGAAGAAAAACACAAUAUAAAAACAAUAUAUACAGUAACCAGAGCCCAACCAAAAAGGGAACCUUUUGCAGAUUUUGAAUAUAAAUAACUUAAUUAAACAACAUUUAAGUUACAUAUUCUUUAACAUGUUGAAUAAUGUAAUUUACAUUGUCAACCAAUUCUAGUUGAGAUUUCUGAGAGCGGUUUCUUCUCUCUUACUCUGCGCUGAAUGCCACAGUAUUGUAAAUCACAGUGCACUCUGCUGGUUAAACUUUGCAGUGACACCGAUAUAUUACCAAAAGCAUCUUUUCUGUGUUAUGUACCAGAAAGAAAACUCACAUUGGCAUACAUUCAUUCACAUUAUUAAUAUUAUGACAACACAACCCUACCUCAUACUUAGAUCAGUGGCAAGGCACAGCAGUAGGCUAAUGUGACUGCAGCUGCAUCAGCUGUACUGGACAUUUAUCUUCACAGAAGUGCCCAUAAAUCAUCUGCAUGCACCGCAGCAGUGAGUCACUGGACAUAUAUAGUACAUGAUAUGUGCAGACAGAUAUGUGUGUCAGCUAUAUCUGCAGCCUCUAUCGUGAAAAUAAGGAUUUAUUCUGUCUUUUAUUGCACCCUUUCAGUGCACUUUUUUCUGGAUCACUGUACUGCAUGAUUAAGCUCUUGGUUAAUUCAAAAAUGUGCAGCCAUGUCCUUAAUUAUGCAUAACUGUAAGCCUUGAUAUAAUUUAAACACGUGAGUUCUAUAAAAAUUGGCCCCAGAGGUCAUGAAAGGAGUAAGCUUGUUAGACCUGCUGGUUUACAGACUGGGUACAUUUGCAAGAAACAAAUCUGGGAAAAAAACAGUGUGCUGUGAAAAAUCAAAUUAGUUUUUCAUAAACAAAAAGACUUUUCUGCCCUUACCCCCUUUAAAUUUUUGUACAGUCCCUAACAUGACAUUCAAACACCUUUGAAGCUGUUCUGCAUUACAAGCAUGACUGUAUCACAAGAAACAUAUUAUUUUACACAAGUACAAAGACACAUGGCCAUAUUUACAAACAGAUAACAGUAGGUGGUCACAUGGAAAAGACCAGAUUUAGCCAUUAUGCUCCAGCACACAUUGUGCAGCCAUCAAAGCAAGGUAUAGCCACAACACAGAUGCUCACAGUCAAGUUUUUGCAGCGUUCACUAUAUUUUCAUCUGUAUUUUCUGCAGUAAUGUCAACAAUUCAGCAAGCGAAGGUGUCAUUGUGCACUGUUAAAUGCAAUGUUUUACAUUGUGAAAGGAGGUGUACGAUAUAUGGCCGAUUAUGCUUAAAUCCUUUAUUUAUAUUCAAAGAUAUUUUCCACAUGCUGUGGCUUGUUUCAGCAUUACUCCUUCAUUGUGCCUUUUGAAACAGAUCUUCUCUCAGUCAAAUACAGUACAUACAAUAUAUUCCAUGCGCUCUGUAUUUAUAAACGGAUGUACACAAAUAAAUAUGAUUAUUUAGGAGUGGGGUCUUUAAUGUGAAGCCAUAUUAAUGCUUGUUGAUCCAAUAAACUUGUGUUCUGUAUUAUACUAAAGGAAAGCAGAUUUUUACACCUUUUGGCCUUCUUUUUUCUGUGUGAGAAAAUUAUUUAUUGGUGAAAAUAGUUCUGCUGCUGUGUGUCUUGAAUGCCUAAAAGCUUUUUUUAUCAGUUUUUGCAGCAAAGUGUUUGUCAUGUUGUUGGAAUUGUGUUUGGGUGAGCAAAGUCCUAAAAUAUCAAAGGGAAUAUUCUAAAGAUUUCUGUCGUUUCAUGAUGUGGUAUCAUCCAUUUAGACAGAACUGUGAAUAGCAAUAUCUGGGGGAAGUUUUGUAUGGAACGCUUAUAUAGAGAGUUGACAAUCUUGAAUCAGUCUGCAGCACUGUAGAUAUACUCCUAUGGUAAAAAAUGUUUUUCUUUAUCAAUGUAAAACCCUUUGCAUAUUUUGUUAGACGCUUGGUUAAAUGCAACUGUAGUGAAGUUUUCAAAUAAAUUUUUGUUUGAAACAA